CGACUUUGAAAUGGAUGGAUCAUACUGAGCGGUGUAUGUUAGCUGGGCAAGUUAAAUGCAGAUUCCCCGCCAACCGUCUCACUUGUAAAUGACCCACAUGCAGGUCGCUUCGUGUCCAUCUAAUAAUUAUUAGUUUAAAUCGAGGGAACAUUUUCCAUGUAGCUGCCUUGAUGAAUCCUCGAAGGAUAAAAUUACAGAAAAAUCCCCCAGCUUGUCCCACGAGGGCGACAGUGAGACUGAGGGGCAUUGUUGUCAAUCUGGUGCCUCGGUGCCUCUUAUCUUCUGCUUUGACUCACAACGAAAGGCCACAGCUACCUGCUCCUUGCUCACUCCCUUACAAACAUUCCAAGAUAGCAGGGGAGGCCCGGAGAAAGACGAGACUGGUAUAUUCAUGGAAGAUCUGAAGCCGAGCCCGGCCAACUCCUCUCCCCUCACCCCGCUCGGAUUCCUCGAUCGGGCAGCGACCGUGUAUGGUGAUUGCCCCUCAGUCGUGUAUGGUGACACCGUCUAUACGUGGUCGCAGACUCGCUCUCGGUGCUUGAGGGUGGCCUCGUCCCUGGCUGCUGCAGGAUUUGGCCGCGGGGAUGUGGUGUCGGUGGUAGCCCCCAACGUGCCUGCCAUGUAUGAGCUCCAGUUCGCUGUGCCGAUGUCCGGGGCCAUCCUCAACUGCAUCAACACCCGCCUCGACCGUCGGACUGUCUCUGUUAUCCUCCGACAUGCAGAAUCGAAGCUAGUGUUCGUCGACCACCAGUUCCGGUCCCUUGUGCUUGACGCGGUCUCCCUCUUCCCGCCCACAGACCACCGCCCCAUCCUUGUCCUAAUAGCGAGUGAUGACGAGGAGGAGGAGGCUGGUGAUGGGCAGAAGGGAUUGAAGGAGCUGUCUUCGUGGGCAGACUUCAACUCCACGUACGAGAGCAUGGUGGAUAGAGGGGAUCCUGGCUUCCAGUGGGUCCGGCCCCUGAGCGAGUGGACCCCCAUGGUGCUCAACUACACAUCUGGCACGACCUCGUCCCCAAAGGGAGUCGUCCACUGCCACCGCGGGCUCUUCAUGAUCGUGGUUGACACCCUCAUCGAUUGGCCCGUCCCCAAGCAGCCUGUCUAUCUCUGGACCCUGCCGAUGUUCCACUCCAAUGGAUGGACCUUCCCAUGGGGAAUUGCGGCUGUAGGUGGCACCAACGUCUGCCUCCGCAAGUUUGAUGGGCCGGCCAUCUACCACCUCAUUGAGCGGCAUGGGGUGACUCACAUGUGUGGUGCACCCGUGGUGCUUAACAUGCUGUCCGGAGGCAGUGGCAAUGGGGACAAGCCGCUGAAGGCCCCCGUCCAGAUCCUCACUGCUGGGGCCCCUCCUCCCGCAGCAGUGCUCCACCGGACAGAGUCCCUGGGCUUCACUGUGAGCCACGGCUAUGGUCUAACAGAGACGGCAGGGCUCGUGGUAUCAUGUGCCUGGAAGCCGCAGUGGAACCGUCUCCCUGCCGAUGAGCGGGCCAGGCUCAAGGCCCGACAAGGGGUGAGGACUGUUAGCUUCGCUGAGGUUGAGGUCGUAGACCCCAAGUCAGGGGUCCCUGUCAAACGAGAUGGAUCGACCCUCGGGGAAAUCGUUCUCAGAGGAGCUUGCAUCAUGCUUGGGUACCUUAAGGACCCCGCAGGGACCGCCAAGUGCAUGGACCCGAGCGGGUGGUUCUACACUGGAGAUGUUGGGGUGAUGCAUCCUGAUGGGUACCUGGAAAUCAAGGACCGGUCCAAGGAUGUGAUCAUCAGUGGCGGGGAGAACCUGAGCAGUGUGGAGGUGGAGUCCGUGCUCUACACCCACCCCGCAGUGAAUGAGGCUGCAGUAGUGGCCCGGCCUGAUGAGUACUGGGGCGAGACCCCGUGUGCGUUCGUGAGCCUCAAGGCCGAGACAGGCAGAGCCUGCCCGACUGAGAAGGAGAUCAUAGCAUUUUGUCGAGCUAAGAUGCCUCACUACAUGGUGCCCAAGACUAUAGUGUUCAAGGACGAGCUGCCCAAGACCUCGACCGGGAAGAUUCAGAAGUACGUGCUGAGGGAAAUAGCCAAGUCAAUGGGAUCUCCAAAAAGCCGGAUAUAACAGAUCAACAACAGGGAUUCAAGUACUCGAGUUGAUCUGAUCAUCACUCCCAUCUUUUUUAAGAUCAUUCAUAUCGAAUAUCCUCAUUCAAGGUUGGAUCUGGAAUCGAUUCGACUGCAUAGUUUUCUGUUUUCGUUUUCCUAGUGUUAAGUAACCGAAACACUGUCGAAUGCAUCGGGCAUCCAUAUCCGAUCAUAUUCCUGUAUUGUGCAAUUGUUUGUGUUGCAGCUACUCUUGAAAUCAGAGUCCUAGGGACGAAGUUGAUUGCUCAAGAA